CGUUAAUAAACAUGUUUAAAAAUUUACUAAAAAAUGUUUGAAACUGUUGAAAAUAUUUAUACUUUAAAUUUCACUCGUACUGUUGUGACCCAUUCUUAAAAAAUGAAGGGCAGGACGUUAAUAUGCAUAACCAUCGUAUUGGGUGUAUCGAUGCUGCAGGACGUACGUGGUGGUAAAACUGUGAGCGAAAAGAAGUUGAAAAGCUGGGGUCUCAGAAAUGAAGAUGUAUAUAAGAAGGAUAUAAAUUUCGAAAAAGUAUCUUUAAAAGAUAACGGCAAUUUGACGAAACACGAAAAAGAGCUAGGAGAAUUGCUGGAAGUUAUACAAUUUGUGAUCAACAAUACAAUUAAUAACCAUGAAUUCCGCAUGUUUUUGAUUAAACGAUUCUUACACAACUAUGUUAAACAAGCAACCGCUUAUUUGAAUACAAUAAAGGAACUGAAGAUGUUAAUGGAUCCAAGUGCAGCUAAAGAAGACGAAAAAAAAGAUAGAGCAAUGCAAUCUUAAUAAAAAGUAUUAAUAACUACGGUCUUUAAAGUUAAUUAAAUAAAUAUUAAAAUAUAUUGAAAACAACCUAAAUUUAAUCAAACUUGGCAAUAAUUGGUUUACAAAGACCUAAAAAAUGAUCAAUAUUAUUGUUAAUUUAUUAUUUUUUCUCAGAAUUUAGGUAAUUAUUUAUAAUUCAUUAACACACAAUAUUAUUGUUUAUACUUUAUAGUUUAUCUUAUGUUUUAAAACAAAUUUUUAUGGAUUAUGACUCUUUAGUUUCAAAUUUUCAAUAUUAAUAUUUCUUAUUGUUUUUUGUUUGCACAUAAAACAACAUAAAAAAGUAAUAUGAAAGCUAAAUAAAUAUUGCACAAAUUAAAUCAUAUCAUACUUACUUUUUAGUUUUUCAAGUAUAUCUUUUUAUAAUAAAACAAACGUUAAAAAUAAGUAUAAUUUACAAAGAUAUUCCGUGUUUAUCGUACUUUCUAAAAAUAUUUUAUCUAAGAGUCUAAACUGUAAAAUGGAUAAUUAUAAUCAACUAUAUUUAUUAUGUUACGAUGCAUAAACCAAAUUAUACUUUAAAAUAUACAGAUUAAUUACAACA